CGCUAAUCUUCAUUGAGCCCGGUGGGGUCACAUGUGGGUCACAUGAUUGGCCCAGAUUCCUAGCGGAGGCUGGUGGAAAGCCCCCAAGUUCCCAACUGAUGCCCCCAGCCGCACUUCGUAAUGGCCGUUCCCAGCCUCCCAGCCCCCCUCCUCCACGAUAUCAAUCCAAAACCGUCCCACUACCACUUCCGAUUUCCCACAACCCUGUUAUCCUCCCAUCCCUCCCUUUAUCCGCCCUCCCCUCCCCCUGCGAUCCCCCCUCCAUUCUGAAUCCAUUCUUGACAUCUUGUCGACCUUUCAUCCCAGUGCUUUCUGACGGCGCUUCGUAUUCUCGAAUCCUUCCUAUCUCCGUGUGAGGUUCACUUUUGCUGCGGUUGGACUAUUGACCCCAAGUCGUCAUCCCACUUCUAUAUUGGCGACAUACCCAUCGGUCAUGUCUCAAACCACCUUUCGAUCUCAAAGUCCCCUCGCAGCACCGGCGGAGAUUCUUGCGCCGGCAACCCCAGUCCGCCGCAACACUCUGUCUCCGUCGCCAGACCUUAGUGCCGCCAUCAAAGAUCGCUCUUCUCAGUCAGACAAGAAGAUUGCAUCCCCGCCCACUCUCUCAUCAUCCGAUAUGACUCCACCUCCUUCGACCCAGAUCCCCGGAGCGCCUUUGCGCCGGUCUCACUCGCGCUCUCUAAGCCCUGCCAUUGUCACAUCCGCCAACUUGGACAAGUCACUGUGUGACGCCUACGGGGCGUCGGAGAACCUCCCAACGACGGAGGAGAUUGACAAUGCCAGCGAGACCCGCUUGCGACAAAUCGCCAAGGAUCUUCUCGCCGUGGCCCAAGAGGCUCGCAUGUCUGCGUUGCACUUCAAGCUCCAAAACAGUUUGGUUUCAUUUGCCAGCAACGAGGCAGUCAAGCGUGCCGAAGUCGAGCAGCAGCUCGCAAAGCGAGAGGUUGAGAUCCUUCAGAGCGCCGAGUAUCGUAGUCGCUCGCGCCCUGCCGAGCCCUUGACUCCCAAACAAUCUUUCUCCAUCCCCACCGACGAUUACUUGGCUGUCCUCCACCGCUCGCAAGAACUCGAGAAUGCCAAUCUUGUUUUGGAUCGCCGUCUUCGCAAUGCGAAACGUGCAAUUGAUGAUGCGACUGCCCGCUCCGUAGAGCUGACUGAACAAAAUGAGAUGCUCAAGCGCCGCAUCCAGGACAACCGUCAUCACUUUUCCCAAAUCUACAACUACGGGGGCAUGUCUCCCGGUAUGCAGAAUGAGCUCCACACCAUAUGUCGCGGCGAACAUACCGACGGCCUGGCAGCACUUCUGUUUGCCGACAAAUUUACCAACCGUCUCCACGAACCUCAAGGCUCUUAUGGGGCCCACUCUUCCGUCCCCGUUACUCCCAACCAGCCGCGCUCCGCUCGCCAGGAUCGUCAUUACCUGACGCCCGGCCGAAAUGCUCGCGACCAGUACGACAGCGACAGCACUGUUUCCCUGACCGCCCCCGAGUCCGAAGACGAGGUUGUGGAGGCGAAGCAUCAGCACGUGCGGACCACCGCCCCAAAGACUAGCUCUCUUCUUCAGACAAAGCUCUUUGGUCAAGUGAAGAAGCCUGGCGUGGAACGUAUCCAAUCUUCUAAGCGCAAGGCUGGCUCCGGCGAGAGCAGCCCAGCCACGAAGAGAUCCAGGACCAAUGCUGGAGUGGGUCUGGGCAUCGAGACCUAAGUGCCUAAAAAUCCCCCCCACUCCUCGGUAGUACGAGUGUCCGCACUGACGCUCGUGCCUGCCCACUCUGGAUACGAUUCAUGAACUAGCGCUGCUUCUUGGCCUUUGGCAUUCACUUGUGACGACUUACUUUUCCUUCCGGGAAAAAUGAAUGAUGACAAACACUCGCCGGUUUUACGGCAUGCAACACUUGGGUAGCGAUUGGUUUUUUUUGACUUUUAUGGGUUUUGUUGACUGGUCUUCCUUCAUCUGUAAGGUCUGAGUGGCCUACCGCAAACAACGGCGUUUAAUUAGGGGCAUCAUGGUUUUUGUUUCUGCUUUUGACCUCAUUGGGAAUUUUAUCUUGGUGAGAGAUGGCCACACUGGACCUGUCCAUCCCUCUGGGUUGGAUCGGUCGGAUUCCGUAGAUUGGGAAUUUAUUUCAGACUGCAUUACUUUGCAUGGCUGUACUAUAGGAAUAGAAUUGAAGUGAAUCAUUGAAAA